AAAUUCUUUUAAUCGAUUGAUAUCUUCACUUAUUUAAUCGUACGAGUAUGUCAUCAAGCUGUCUUUCUUACAUCACCACUACCACGUUCAAACUGUGGUUCUGCGAUAAAUAAGUUUCUGCAAUCAUGUCGAAAAUCGCAGGGGACGGAGUGGCACUUUUCUGGGCUUCGACAUUGCUGCUGGCGCUAUGUUGGAUUACUUUUGCUUUGCGGGCCGGAGUCAGGGUAUGGAGGAAAAUUUGGGGCGUGGAUGAUAUCUUAAUGAUGGUGGGAAUAGUAUGUUGCAUCCAGUUUUCCCAUCUUCGAAUAUUCACAUGCUAAUAAUGAAUAGCUACUUUUUACCGUCACUGCUAGUCUAUGUAUUGUGUGCUCUUUCCACGGAAGUGGACAAAAAGCUGUCAUGUUAUCGGCCUAUGACAUCGGCCGUGGAACUAAGGUACGUAUCAGGUUUCUUAUAUAUUAAAAUCCAGGUUUCUAAACAUCCAUACUAAUCAUUACUCAAAGCUCUUCUUUAUUGCCGAAUUCUUCUACGCUUCCAGUGCGAUCGCCGUCAAGUGUAGUAUUGCUGUCACUAUACUUCGUAUUGCCGAUACUCGUCGUCGCUAUGUUUACACUAUCUGGGGAAUUAUGAUUUUGAGUGUCAUCUCCGACAUUGUUUUCAUCAUUGGCAUCGCAAAUAUUUGUCAUCCAAUCAGUACCUUAUGGGGCGAAUCAAACGGGACAUGCAAUCGCCAGUUGAACAGUGACAUUAGCUUGUUCUUUUCUGCUAUCGAGAUUUUGACAGAUUGGACUCUGGCCAUCUUGCCUGGCUUUCUGUUGUGGAAUAUCCAGAUGAAGAGUAGGGUUAAGAUGUCUGUGGCUUGUAUUCUUGGAUUAGCUGCUCUGUAAGUUUUUUUGUUAAUACUCGACAAGUUGACUUGAUUGAUCUUGCUUGAUUAUAUCAAGCUUUAGCUAGAGCUAUAACAGUGUGGCUAAUACUCCUUUAGUGCAAGCUGCGCAACAAUUGUCCGACUUCGCUUCCUGAGUCUCUACAGCGACCCCACCGAAUUCAUGUUCGGCACAGGUAAAAUAGGUCUCUGGUCCAUCAUCGAAGAAGGCAUAGGAAUAUUUGCCGGUUCACUUCCCGCUCUUCGCCCUUUACUCUCUCUCCCGUUUCUUAACCUUAGUACCACGGGCAGAUCCAAUAAUCCCAGCUCGAGUAAAAAUGGAAAUGUUCCCCGGACACAAAAUCACCAACAUCGUUCGGAUAUCAACAUGGAUACAUUUGCUCAUUUGGGAGAUUCGGAUGUCGAAAAAGACGGGGAUGGGGAUAGUCAAAAACACAUCCUGAAGGAAACGCAAGUUUCGGUAACGAGUGAUAGUAGACGUUCUGCACCAGGAGAAUGGGAACAAAGUCAGAUACUCGGAUGGAAGGGCAAUAGGAAUUCGACGAGAGCUGUUCAAUAAGCAACAAUUUCAUACACACGGGACAUACACGAGACAUUCUGAAGAAAACUCGCAUCGAACGGGACGAGGAACUGGGUAAACGAAGAAAAAGAGGCGCGUAGUAAUAUAAUAUACGAAGAUCUUGUACGAUGAAUAUGAUACCUGGGUAAGAUGACCUGUUCAACUAUGAAUGGAUAUCAAAGAUAAACCCGCGCGGCGUCGCUUUUGGUUUUAAGCAUCUUGACGGAGUUGGAUUUGCAUCGGUUCGUAACCUAAGAAAGCGCUGGGGUUCAUCGUCUAACUAAUUGGGGGAAUGGGCGGGCAUACGGAAAGGAUAAGGGGUUAUAUCAGGUUAUUAUACCAUUGUGGCCAUGACGGGUUUCGGUCGAACUCUGCUGUUUGAUAUAUGUGCAGUGUCAACAUUAUAUAGCGUUAUUAUUAUAUUAUACUUGAAGGCGUGGUUGACUCGUG